GAGUACAUUUUGUAUGAAGAAACUGUUCUACUUUUAUUAAAAUUCUAACAUGACAAAUAUUUCGAAGAAACGAAAAACCCCAUCAAAACUUAAGAGCAUGGGCAAUCACGAUGAGUUUUUAAAUCGUAUAUCAAAAUCUCUUUACUAUUCAAAAUUACCCAUGACCGAUUGUCUUAGUUUACCUGUUACUGAAUUGGCAGCAGAACUAUUCACUGAAGUAAAGAGUGGUCAUACACUUGAAAGAUUAGAUGUGGAAGAGGCUAGCAGAAUUUCUAGAAAUGCAUGUGUUUCACCUUGUUCCCUUGUUUUGGCAUUGUUGUAUUUGGAAAGGUUGAAAGAUUGUAAUCCAGAAUAUAUUCAAAGAGUAGCACCUUCUGAGUUAUUCCUUGUUUCCUUGAUGGUGGCUAGUAAAUUUUUAAAUGAUGAAGGAGAAGAAGAUGAAGUUUUUAAUACUGAAUGGGCACAUUCAGGUGAUCUGGCUGUUUCACAAAUAAAUCAAUUAGAAAAAGAUUUUCUCAAAGCUAUUGAUUGGACAGUCUUUGUUCAUAAUCAAGACUUUUGGGAAAGACUGCAAAAAUUAGAAAAAGAUGUAGCUUAUAAAGAAGCACAAAAGAGAGGUUGGUAUUCAUAUACAGAACUAAGCUGUCUAAUGAAUUCAAUGCAAUUAUUAGCAGUAGCACAUGCUGUGGUAAACAUAUCAUCUAUCUGUUUGGCAACAUAUACUGCAGGAGUAGUCACACUUUUUGGAUCUGCCUUAAUUACAAGCUACCUUCCAGGAACAAUAUUUAGUCCAAGACAAACAGCAAAUUGCACAGAUAUUAUGCAAACAGAUUUGAAUCCAGUAAUAGAUGUAGCAUCAUCACCUAUUGAGAUUCUACCAGAAAAUAUUUUAACAACGGACUUUAUAUCAUCUUCUUUAAAUUGCAAUCAAUCUCAGGAGAAUAGUGAGAAUAUUAAAAGAAAUGAAAUUACAGACGUCAGUUGGAAAUGGUGGUUAAAUUCAAUGAUGAUCUGGGUACAGGAACAUUCAAAUUUAGAAUCGAAAAAAUUGCAUUUGGCGAACGAUGAAAUUGAACAUGCGGAUGCAUUAAUAACAACUAAAUUGUUACUUGAUACUACUACUUCAGAUGAAUUUUUAAUAAGUAUGAACUGGAAACAAAUUUUGGGCAUAGAUUUGAGAAUUCUUUUGCAUGAUUGGAAAUAUUACGCAAAUUACGUUACAAAAUUAACAGUAAAUGCGUAA